AUGGUUCGCACGCUUUCUGCCAUUCGGAACCGACCCGAUGCGUCCAACAGCUCGGCCAUCUUGGACGCCACUUCGUGGAUGAUCGUGUUCGCGGCAGAAGAUGUGCUCGCGUUGGCCGCUGUGUCCGAAGCGCGGGCGUACGCUGUGGCCACGGCUAGGGGCAUUUCGCUGUUGAUCAAGUCUAUGCAGUGCCUGGAGCGUGCAUCUUGUGCCUGCAAGAGCGUCCACACACUUCAGAGAAACAAACUACGCGACCCAGUUAAGAAACCAAACGAAGAACUUGAAACACAAGAUGUACGACUUUUGUUAGUUACAAUUAACGACAAACUUGACCAACUUCUGCCUUUGAGAGAUGUAGUGGAAGGUAUUGAGGACUCAUUGCAGUUCUGGAGCGAACAGUAUGAUGACUUGCUACGCCGGGUCGAGCAGAAUGAGCAUCAUAUCAAAGAACUCAGGCACCGGACAGAAAAGCUUGAGACCCAGAACAGUAAUGUAAGUGAAAUGGAAGCUGAAAUCGACAAUCUGGAAUGGAGAAGCCAGCGUCUCAAUCUAGAAUUCCAUGGCAUCAUGCCUACGGAAAACGAGGACUUGCUGAACAAAGUAAAUGCGCUGGCGCCUGACGUUGAGCUUCCGCCCCUUCCAGACGAUGCCGUGGUAGCAAUUCAUCGUCUUCCAUUCAAGAAAGGAAAAAUAUCGGGCAUAAUUUGCCGUUUUGCAAGGCAGGCAGAUAGGGACAAGUGGUGGAAAAACAGGAAUAAACUUCGCGGCCGUGAUGAUCACGUGUACAUACUCGAGAACCUAACUAAACGAACUCGUGCUUUGCUUCAAGAAACAAAAAGCUGGGCAAAGGAUGUUAACUUCAAGCACGCAUGGCACAACAACGGGCGAGUUCUUGUUCGUAAAGACGAUAAGGACAAGGCUGUUGUUGUCACAUGCAUAAGCGACCUAGAUAAACUAAGCUAA